AUGGAACAUUUUGGCCUGUCUCACAUUUUAUAUGAACCAGAUAAAUAUAAUCCUGAUACACUAGACUUGAUAAUCGACGAAGAAGCAAGAGAAUACUGGCUUAAUACCUGUGAAAAACUUGUAGAUAAAUAUGUUAACUUUGCACUUGCCAACACUGACGAUCCCACUGUGGAGAUAAGAGCUUUAAAAUUUAAGACAUGCUACGUGGAAGCAUUAAAAGAACUUCGUGUAAAUCCUCUUGCUCAUGGGCAGUUGUCUAUAAGAUUACUACUCGACGUCAACGAAACAUGCCUUCGUUCUCAGGGCUUCUUUGAUUUAUGGAAGCAACAAAAGAAGUAUGAAAAUGAAUCUGCCCUGGCAAAUUUGAGCUCAAGAUUAGCUGAAAUAGAUGCCAUACCAAACAAUCGACAAAGAUGGACUGAGUUGUGUCAGGGAGUUUUAGCUGGUAACAUGUUUGAUUGGGGUGCUCAGGCUGUUACAGAUAUACUUGAUCGUGGACUAUAUGAAGCUUUACAAAAGAUUCAAAGCAGGCCAUGGCUGUAUGAUGGCUUAGAUAAAUGGCUAGAAAAAAUAGAGAAGACAGUACACCACUGUGCAGCUGUAUUUGUGGACAACAGUGGAGUUGAUAUAGUUUUAGGUAUCUUGCCAUUUAUAAGAGCAUUAUUACUUAGAGGUACUUCAAUCAUACUGUGUGCAAAUGAAUGGCCAGCUCUUAAUGAUAUCACUAAUGUAGAAUUGGAAGAAGUUCUUCAUCAUGCCUCCCUGAUUUGUCCAGUGUUGUCAGCGGCCAUGGCCAAUGGAGAUUUAGUUGUAAGAUCCAGUGGACAAAGAGGUCCAUGUCUUGAUCUAAGGACUAUUAGUGUAGGUCUGUGCACAGAAAUGAAAGUACGUGGUGUAGAUUUAAUUGUAUUAGAAGGGAUGGGAAGAGCUGUUCAUACGAACUUCAACGCACGCCUUGCUGUGGACUCACUGAAAUUGGCAGUGGUUAAAAAUGCUUGGCUGGCGCAGCGUUUGGGCGGACCACUGUUCUCUGUUAUUUUUAUAUAUGAAGACAAACCAAGCGAAACAUAA